AUGUCAGCAACGUAUGAUUAUUUUUGGGAAUUAGCAUCUUUAGAUUCUUCUAUUCGAAAAAAAGCUGCUGGAGAAUUAAUUAACCACCUAUAUGAAAAGUUUGAUAAUACAAAAGCGAAUAUCGAUUCAGCUAAUGAUUUCAAUAAUUUUUCAAAGGUUACGGAGAUAUCGGAAAAGCUAUUCGGGCCCGAAGUAGCUUAUUCAUUGAUUCGCUUGACUAGAGGUUUGGCAAGUCCACGUGCAGGUGCCAGACACGGUUUUGCAUUGGCGUUGACAGAGCUUCUUGCAAAUCUAGAUCGCAUUACAUUUAAAAUUGUCAUUACAUUUAUCGAUGAAGCUUGCCCUAUUUCAGCUUCGAAAGAUCAGGAAGGUUCUGAUAUCAUUUUUGGCCGUGUUUUUGGUUAUAUGGCUAUUAUUCGAUCGGGCAUCCUUUGGCGUGUAAAUUCAUCCGAAAAUGACUAUCUCGAGACUGUCAACGGUCUACUUACUUGUGCGAAAUGUAAAUCAUACGUUAAAGAAGCCUGCUACCGUAUUAUUAUUUCUACUGUACCUCAG